GGGCGGUAGCUAAGAGGAGUGGAGAGCCUGAAGUCGUGCGCUGGAGUCAGAACUCCGUCUCUCAAGCCAGGCUCCGGUUGCUGGAGGAGAGUGAGCGAGCAAUGCUGCCGCCACCGCUUCCUGAUUGGCUGCGGGUGGCUCCCUCUUCGUCCUGAUUGGCAGUUUGUGAGCUGGAUGAUGCUGAGCAAGGGCCUGAAGCGAAAGCGGGAGGAGGAGGAGGAGGAGGAGAAGGAAGCCCUGGCAGUUGACGCCUGGUGGCUGGAUUCUGGCCACCCAGCAGUGGCACAGGCACCCCAGUCGGUGGCCUCCAGUUCCCUCUUCGACCUUUCGGUGCUCAAGCUCCAUCACAGCCUGCGGCAGAGUGAGCCGGACCUGCGGCACCUGGUGCUGGUUGUGAACACGCUACGGCGAAUCCAGGCGUCCAUGGCACCCGCGGCUGCUCUGCCACCUGUGCCCACCCCGCCUACAUCCCCUGGUGUGGUGGACAACCUGCUGACCAGCUCGGACGCCGCCCUCUCGGCCUCCAUGGCCAGCCUCCUGGAGGACCUCAGCCAUAUUGAGGGCCUGAGUCAGGCCCCCCAGCCCCUGGUAGAUGAGGGGCCACCAGGCCGCCCCACUGGGGGAGCCCCACCCAGCCUGGGUGCCUUGGACCUACUGGGCCCGGCCACUGGCUGUCUGCUGGACGAUGGGCUUGAGGGCCUGUUUGAGGACAUUGACACCUCCAUGUAUGACAGUGAACUUUGGGCACCAGCCUCUGAGGGCCACAAAUCCAGCCCGGAGGGUGGGCCAGGCAAGGAGGAAGCUCCAGAGCUGGACGAGGCCGAGCUGGACUACCUCAUGGACGUGCUGGUAGGCACACAGGCACUGGAGCGGCCACCAGGGCCGGGGCGCUGACCCCCAGGGAUGGAGUGGUGAGCUGGUGUCGAAACUGAGCCUGGUGGCUGGACCAACUCUCCUUAAAGACACAGCCGGCUUCCCUAGAGAGGGACUUUGGAGAGAAGGAAUCCUGUCCUGGGCAAGUUUACCUCCACCCUCCAUCCCCUUCACUUAUGGCCGAUGGGGGGAGUCUGGGAUGGGCUCCUGUGAUGAAAUGCCAGGACCUGGUGGCUGGAAUGUGAUUGGACCAGGCCCAGUGUUGAAUUCCCAGAGGUCAAAGCCUAGUAUCCCUUUUCACUGAUGUGGGAAGAGACCCCAACCAGUUCUGUGAAAUUAAAGCCGGUCCUGGGAAGUCUCAAAUCUGUGUACUGCUUUGUUUCUGGGCUAAGGCGAGGGUAAGAUAAUAACCUAUAACAUGGAUCAAGCGUGGACUGCACACCCAACCCCAGCACCGUUCUAAGCCCUUGAUGUGUGUUAACUCAUUUAAUCCUCAUAACCAGAGGGGCAUUAUUAUUAUCCCCAUUACACAGCUGGGAAAAUUGAGGCUCCAAGAGGUCCUCUCUUGAAGAGCUAGGUUUCAAACUGUACUGCUUUUUGGUCUGAGAAGUAGACCAGUUGGGUCUGGUAACUGGUCCCCUUAGAAGACUCCUGGAAUAUACUCAGCCAGGUCUCCCUGAUGUGCCUGUGUGUGUACGUAACAGAGGUGGCGGCAGCAGGGGAGAAGCCC